CCUCCUCUUCUUUUACAUACACGGAAACAAACGAGAAUAAACUCUUUCAGGACUUUACACAGCUUUCAGUUCUUUCUUCUCUUUACCUUCACAACAAUAAUGAUCAACUCAUAUUUCUUCUGUUUGCCUACAGUCUUAUUUUAUAUCGGCUUCAUCAGCACAGAGUAUCUUCCGGUCCCUGACAAUGUAAGAGUUUCAUCAUUAGAUUUGGGAUUACAGCUGACAUGGGAUCCACCGAAAAACAUCACUGAUAAACUCUUUAAAUAUACAGCUGAACUGAGAAACUGGAGAGAUUUUGAUGCAGUGUGUAUAAACAGCUCUUCAUUAAGCUGUGAUUUCACUAACAAUGUCAGUGCUUUUGGAAUAUAUCAACUUCGUGUCCGAGCGGAGCUCAAUGGAGAGACGUCUGAAUGGGUGGAGACGGAGGAGUUUAAAUUAGAUGCAAUAACUGAAAUCAGUGCUCCUCGUGUGGAGUUGAGAAGCAGAAAGGGUAAAAUAGAAGUUGAUAUCACCGAUCCUCCGAUGAGAAAGAAACACCUGAGGGACGUGUACAAUAAAGUGUCUUACCUUGUACAUUAUUGGAAAGAAGGAGAAGUGACAAAAAAGAAAGAAAGAGAAGCAGAACAGAACCGAUUUAUGUUAUUAGAAUUGGAUCCUCAGGUGAACUAUUGUGUCCAGGUAGCAGUCCAGGUCCAGUUGUUUUUGUACAAUAAAUCCAGCCACUUCAGUAAUGUGACCUGUAUAUACAACACAUACAGCGAUGAGGUGGAGCAGUGGUUUAUAGCAGUGGUAUUGUUGGUGAGUUUUGGGGUGGUGUUUAUCGCUGUAGUCCUGAUCUUUCUGGCUGUAUGGUACACUUAUAAAGUUUGCAGAAUGAUGCACCCUGAUGUCAAACUGCCCGAGCACCUUAAACAGUAUUUGUUUGAACGGCCUCAGUCGUCCAUGUUGCUGACCGUUCCACCCAACGAGAAGGUUUAUGAGGUGAGGAUCUUACAUGAGGAGUCACAGAGCACACAGACGACAAAUGAACCAAUCAGAGUUCAGGAAAAGCAGGAAGACUGUUGGAUGACAACGGACAUGAAACAAAGAGACGAAGAGCAGCGAUUACUUGAUAAAAUGACAGUGUAGUACUUCACACCAUCAUCUUUCUUCAUUUUGUAAAUUUUAAGAACUUUCUAUUGCGAUACUGUGAGUAUUGUGAGAAGUAAUGCCUUGUGAUGCUUUGGUUAAAAGCAUCUGCAUCACCUAACCCUAACUGAAUUACUGAAGAUAUUUUUCAAGUAAGUUUAUGUUUGUAUAUCUAUUUUUAUAACACCUCAAUCACUAGGGCUUCUUGUAGAUGGCUUCUCAUCAAAUUCAUUAUUAAUAUUGUUAGAAAGACAUGUUUGACACGUGUAUUUCUGUGAAUGGUCAUUAAAGCUAGAUUGUAAAAGUUCUGAUUUAAUAUAAGCAGCAUUUGGACUCAUGUACAGUAUUCUUUUCAUUGACCACCAGUACCUGCCAACCUGUUUACAGCCUUUAACUGAAGUGUAAAGGUUCAUCACAAAGGUCCAAAUCCUUUACCAGAAACAGAAAUGUCUGUUUCCUUCUUUGAUGAUGAAUAAAUGUAAUCCUUGAGUUUCCGGAUAUAACAUCA